AUGGCUGUUCAGAGGAUAUCCGAGUCAGUGUAUGUAGGGAUUUGUCUAAAGAUAGGGACCCCACAACAGGUGACUUACAGGAGAGAUAUACAGGACAUUGCAGAUAUGUUGAAUAACAACGAGAUGCUAAAAACACCGAUCACCCUGAUGAUAAGUGGGAGUAAUAGAGAGGGGUUCAGAAUGAGUGGAUCAGACAUGGACAUAAUGCUUUGGCUAAAUAACCACCGAGUGAUCUGGGACUUCUCUCAGUGUCAGUUUUACAACACACAAGAACACGCACUGAUUCUCUGUGACAGUUCUGAGAGUCCACCAGGAUUCACUUUACUAUGGUUACCAUUAGAAGAAACUAGUCAUAGAGUGAUGUCAGCGUGUGUAAGGAUGAAUGGAAUGCUCUAUAUAUCAAGUUCAAAGUACAGAGAGGUCACAUGUUCUGUUUUUGGUUUUCCUGGUUCUUCGCCUCACGGACCAUGUGGUAGUGGAUCAUAUGAUUAUUUGGAAUACGAUCAAGCCCAUUGCUUUAUCAGUGAUUUCUGGCCUCCGUCUGCCUCCUCGUGGAUAGGCAGGUGUCACUCAUGGCCCCCACCUCAUGUUGUAAAUGACAUUAUUAGAAAUGGGUGUCACUUUGUAGCGAUAGGACACAAACUAGGAAAUCAUACAGACAACGAAUGGAGAGUUUCUUUUUCACAGGCGGAAUACAAACUUGUGUGUUCAAUGAAUCACACACAAUUUUUAACUUAUGGAUUGCUGAAAUUGUUCUUAAAGGAAAUAAUUAAUGAAGGAUUGCGAGAUGAAGAUAAACUACUGUGUUCCUAUCACAUGAAAACGGCUGUUUUCUGGGCGAUUCAACAAACUGCUCUACCUCGCUGGUGUACACAAAAUCUCAUGGACGGUUUCUGGGUCUGCUUUAAACUUCUCCUUAAAUGGGUGUAUGAGGGAGUGUGUCCAAAUUUUUUUAUUCCAGAGAAUAACAUGUUUUUGAGCAAUAUCUAUGGUGAAGCACAAAAGACAUUAUUCACGCGACUAUAUAGAUUGUAUGAGAAUGGCCUAGCACUGCUGCUGCACAGUCCCUCCAUCAGGUCCUACAUCAUUAAUGUUCUGUGUAAUCCCAGACUCACAAUUUGUACUGAUGAACAUACUCUGAUCUCUGAGGUUGAAGUUGAUGAAAAUAUUUUCAGUGAGGUAUCUGCAAAUGAUUUAAUACGCACAUUGGACAUACAUAGGUAUGAAAAAUAUCUACAUACGGUAGAACAGUUGUUAGGUUUACCGUUGACACAGUAUCACAUUUUCAUGUUACAGAAACUUACAGCCACCAUCCUUCAGUGUACUGCAUUUAUAUUACACAGCAUGUACACUUACACAGGUUCUAACAAACAGUUGUAUAUUGUAGACAAAGUAGCCUGUCGUUUGGUGAAAUUAUCCGCCAAGUUUGGGUUUGUGUCUGACAUGUUAUACAUUGCAAUGUAUUAUUACAAGACAUUCCGGUACAGGGAUGCUUUAUCAGUUAUAGAUAUCAUAAAGGUCAAGUUAGCACAGCCAUAUCUGAUGUAUCAGAGUCAUGUAGACAGAGAGAGUUAUACUGAGGCUGUAGGGGGACAGUCCUUGUCUACAAAGAUGAGACAGGCUGUAGCACAGAAUAUCAAACUUGACAAUAAAAUGUUUUUUAUCAAUGAAUUAAUACCAGAACAACAGUCUAGUAUACAAAACAUUUGGUAUUCCUUGUAUAUUCCACCCCUGGUACUGUUGUAUAUGCUAGAGUUUCUGUGCUCUAGACAUGUCGACACAAUGAGAGCACAGAGAGCUUUAGACGAUCUACAGGUCCUAGUCCACCAUGAUCAGGACCAGUUAGUACCUGUACGCCUCAGAGACAUCUCCUGGGAGAUCCUGGGGAUCUGUCAACAGAUAUCAGGGAACCUCCAGGCUGCCCUGUACUCAUACCAACAGUCACUCAGACAAUAUCCACAAAAUAAAAUACAAACUGCUACCAGACAGAGAAUUCAGGAUCUACAUUUAUGAACUCACUGACAAUUAAGUAGUAUGGAAUUCCUGUGUGUCAAACACUGACAUUGUUAAUUGUGUUUGUUCUGACCGGUUUUUCUAUAAAAGUUGUCUUUUGUAUGUGUAAAGGAAGGGAUACCCUUAAGAUUUAUUUAACCCAGUAAAUAAAUUUAUAUUUAUCUUAAUUUUGUGCAAAUUUAUUUGUUAAUUUAAUCAAUUAAUAUUAUACAUGUAAACCUAAAGUUCCAAUUUUUGAAAACAAAAAGAUAAUUUGGAUAUUUCAUAAUUAUUUUUAAAGCUGUUAAUAAUAAAAACAAUUCACCAAUUGAAUGUUUCAAUUUUGAAUACAAUUUGCUGUCUAAUUUAUUACAAUUUUGAUAAUUUUACAACAUUGUUCAGGUGCGCCUCCCAAUCUUACAUCCUGGACUUUUCCAAUUUGUUCCUGAUCCUCUCAUUUAUCCAGCAUUCAAGAUCAUAAGAUGAGUGUCUCUUGGAUGAUGCAAAAUCAAUUAAUAGAUGCUGUAGAUUUUUUUUAAUUUAGUGUAUCAUAAAAUGAUCAACUAUCAUGUACAAUAUCUUGUAGAGGUGAUCAAUAAUGUUAAUAAUAAAAUAUAUUUCUUAAACUAAAUAAUUUUAAUUUAAAACACAAACUAUACUUCAUGUUUUCCAUAAUAUUUAUAUUCAUGUACAUGUAUAUACAAAAUAAAUCAAAUAAUGGAAUAAAUACAGUAUACAUGUACAUAAAAUAAUCAUUCUCACAAUACAUUAUCACUGUGAUAAAACAUAAAUUAGCUUUGUGUACAAGUUCAAUAAGUUUAUUAAUUUCUUGUUAAAUUUACAACACAUUUUAACAACAGUUAAAAAAUAACUGAAUUAUAAACUUGUCCACUUAUUUUAUAAAUACGAGUGUAUUUAUAUACACAUUUAUAUACCCUGUAUGACAUAUUGUAGAAAUUAAAACAUUUAUUAAUAAAAAUCCUGAUAAAUGCCCUUAAAGAAAAAGUCCUAAGUCUUUUACAGAACUACAAAUGCAAUGUUAUGCACCAAUGGAUUUAAUUUCUAAAAUGAUUUGAAAAAAAAAAACAACA